GAGCUUCUUUCUGUAUUUGUCUACCAAAUCAGCUCACAAGGCAAUGGUCAGUCCGAAGCUAUAGUAGAAGACACUAGCCCAAGUUGUUUCGCAGCGGGACUGAACCCAGAACCACUACGACAGACGUACUUUUCGUGUUCAUUCAGAUAUCAUUAUCAAGACACGACACGAAUAAAUUUACCUGACAAUCCAAAACUUGGGAUUCAAUAUAAAAUGAACAGACAACAUUAAAUACACAGAAAUACAAAUAGUUUAAGUGUCUGCUGGAAGUACAUAAGCGACCUCAUUUUGAAACUUAAAUAUAUAACGAAAGUGCAAAACGGGAACACGGACAUAACAUUGGUUAAGUUCGGAUAAUUGUGUCGUUGUUUACAGAUGAUUAUCAUUAACUUACUUUACAUCCGUAAUAAUAUGUGGACUCUUGUGUGACAAAUAACUGUCAUAAUUCGCCACUGACACUGAAGGAGUGAAUAGUCGUCGCCGAUGCUGUAUAUUUCACAGAGAAGGCUCGAAAACAGUGUGGUGUAUAUUGGAUAUAGCCGAGACUUUAAUACAGUAAAAGAAUGAGGUUUUGUGAAUCCAGAAGAUUGAAUCCUCUCCCGAUUUUCCCUCAAAUGAAUUCUUUGAUUUUAGUCAUACUCUUCUUCGCUGUUGAAGUCACUUAUACUCAAGAAAAUCCAUGUCGGCUUAUAAGGAAAUGGACAUGGUCGUGCGAAGGAAGCAAUUAUGUGCCAAAAUUCCACCCUAACACCACAGCUGUAACGUUCACGGAUCUACAAAUUACUCACUUGGAUAAUAAAACCUUUCAAAAUUUAACAGAAUUGCAUAUACUGCGAUAUUUGUUAAUUAAAUCAUCUGCCAUAAAAACUUGUACCACUGGAGUAUUUUCUUAUUUGAAGCACCUAAUAGCAUUCGAACUUAUACGAAGCCGAAUUCCUCUGACUGAAAUGAGAAAUCUGUUCUUUGGUUUUCCAGCCACAAUAAAUAAAAUAAUAUUAUAUGAAAUCCAUUUAGGGGGAUGGAACAAAAACACAUUUGAUGGACUUAGACGAACUAACUUUACCGAAUUCUUUUUGAGGAAAUGCAGUCUUGGAUAUUUUGACGGAGAAUAUUUUGCCGGAAUGAAUAGCUUACGUUUACUUUCAGUUAUAGAUAAUGCUAUAUCCUCAAUAAAGAGGUGGGCAUAUCUUCCUAAUCUGGGUUAUCUAGAUUUUUUUUAUAACAAAAUUUCACAAGUGCCACUAUUUAAAAACGAAACUGGUUUUCCUUUUUAUCCGAAACUUGAAAAACUAUACUUAGGUUUAGUGGGUAUUAGAUUUCUUGACGAUAAUUUUUUCUCGGGAUUAGAUCAUCUUCGUAAGUUGGGAAUCAUUAUAGGAGAUGUAUUUAUAUUCAAAGGGAAUCUUUUUCGGCAAAUGAAAUAUUUACAAUAUAUAACUUUGAUAUCUUUCAAGCACCAUCUCGUAAGAUUUGAGCGUGAUGUCUUUAAAAGCAAAUACUUGCGAUCAAUUGAACUAAGUAACAUACGUGUUACGAUUAAUAAAGCUGAACCGUCAGACUUGUUUAAAUAUUGCACAGAACUAAGAAACUUGGUUUUGAAAAAUUCCACUAGAAACAUGAUCCUCAAUGUGUUACUGAAGCCAUUGACUAAAUUACAUAAUCUAGAAAUUUUCGAAGGGGGAGUUAGUAAGAUUCCUGAAGGCAUAUGUAAUAUAACCAGUCUUAGGACACUUACCAUUGGACAUACAAGUAUAGAUGAAUGGAAAAGUGAGAAAUGUCCAGCCAUGACGUCAUUGACGAUGGUUAGGUUAGCGUACAACAAAGUCUUCAAUGUCAAUAAAAUAUUAUUUUCUCCUUUACUAUUCAGCAACAAGAAGCUGAAAUUUGAUUUAUCACACAAUCCCUUUGUAUGCGACUGCAAUAUACUUUGGUUUAGGGAUUGGAUGAAGAGAAAUCCAAGAAGAAUUCUGGAUCACAGAAGGUAUCUUUGCAAUGGUCCUGGUGCACUCAGGCAUACUCAUUUAGAAAAGUAUUCGGUUAGCUGGGAAUAUUGUGAAAAUAGAGGGGACCCGUCUAAAAUAGCCGUUACCGGCGUUGCUGUGGCAGUCUUGUCGAUUAUUUUUGUAAUUUUAGCCAUAUUAUCCUAUACAAAACGAUGGUCGAUUCGUUUGUGUAUAUACCAAUCAUUAAUUAGAAAAAGAAAAUACAAAGCUCUCGUUAAUGAUGGCCGUUAUAAAUAUGAUGCGUUCGUAUGUUAUUGUAGCGCAGACGCCAACUGGGUUCUGAAUAAAUUGUUACCCAUCAUAGAAGAAGAAAACCAUUUCAAUUUAUGUUUACAUGACAGGGACUUUUUGGUUGGAAACGAUAUUGUUGAUAAUAUCGUAGACAGCAUGCAACAAAGCCGUAAGGUUGUUUUAGUGUUGUCAAAUGAUUUUGCUCAGAGUAGCUGGUGCCAGUUUGAAGCAAGUAUUGCCCAGCAAAAGAUCUUAGAAGAGCACUACGAUAUUAUCAUUCCUGUUUUGUUAAAUGAAAUUCCGUCGAAUUUACAAACGAAAAGGCUUGGAGUUUUACUAAAACAGAAAACGUACCUCGAAUGGCCGAAUGAAACAGAAUAUGAAGAAAUGUUUUGGGAGCGUUUUAUAAGACGUCUGUGCAAAAGUGAAAUCGAUAAUGAAAUUUAGAACGAAAUAUAGAGAACCGUUUUGAAACGAGAGAAACAAACAUAUAUGCUUGCAUUUAUAUAGUGAAAAUCACGGUAAGAAAACGAAACUGAAUUCAUUAAACACUGAUGUUGCUUGCUCGGAGUAAAGAUGAAUUCUUGUAUCCUCAUAUCUAAGUGAAAUUAGUCCUUGGUGAAAUUGUUCGAAUUUCGAUAAACAACAUUGUAAAUAUUUCGUUUUUGGAUUUGAUCUGCAAGAUUCUUUAUAUGAGUUCGUGUGUUGAAGCAUAUUCUAUUGUGUCUGGGGAGAGUCAUUUUCUUUUUGUGACUUAUGAUUUUACCGGUGAGUGUGUUACAUAAUAAGGCACAAAAAGAAAAUGACUCUCCCCAGACACAAUAGAACAUUGUAAAUAGUUAAAAAUUUAGUGACAAAUGUGAUAUCUACGAUUCAUGAUAUCAAAGCAAUUUUAAUAUGGUUCAUAACGAAACGAAAGUUAGUAGAACUAAAGUUUAAACACGAUUCUUUGUUUCAAAAUUGGUGCUUGUGCAUAUCGUAUUUUAAAAAUAAUUACCCUUCUCUGUUUUUAUAAAUUUUGUAGAAAAAUAAAAAUAAAACAACAUACAGAAGAUACAUUAUUAGUUUCAAAAACAUUUUGUAAAUACUUGUAAACAUUCAAUUGAUACUACUAUGGUAGCAAAUGCAAGACUAUGAUACUAAUUAAAUGUAGAUUAUAACGUUUUGCUUUUUCAUUGGCUAGUAGGUAACAUGUAUGAUUAUAUUAUAUUAUUUUAUUAUAUUAUUCUAUUAUAUUAAUGUUUCACUUUAUUGUAGUGAUACUUAUAACCUGGUUUUAGAAUGCAAUAAACUUA